CAUCCAAACAGCCUACAGUCGUUGCCCUGCGCCCAUUUCUCUGCUUGUGGCCAAUCCCAGCAUCAGCUGUCUGGCGGAUUACCUCAAGCCUGGAGUCGCCUCAAACCCGUUUCGCUGGUGAGAUGGGAACAGUUUACCGUGAGCGACGUUAUAUAUAGUCACCGACAGCACCAGCAUCAUCAUCAUCAUCAUCAUCUUGGGUUGUCGGGAGGCAAACGCAACAAAACGCUGAAGUAGACAGUACCAGCAGCGGCACCACACCUUCCCUCCGCGAUAUCCCGAGGUCGCCUGCUGCACCGGAUUAGACGCCGCGGAUCCGACCUCCAGGAUCAAUAAUGCCCGUUAAUCGAGCCUGACACCGCCGAGAUGCUGCCGGGCUCUAUUCAGAUCACGGGAGAGGCGCUGUCCGGCGCGGAGAUCAAAGACAUAUGCGACAGUCUGAAGGAGAACAGCGUGCGGCUGCUGUCGGUGCGCGGCUGCCAGCUGUCGGACCGGGACUUCGGCCGCGUGUGUCGCGGUGUGGCGGAGUCGGUCUCCCUCGCGCAGCUCAACCUCAACCUCGGCGUGGUGUCCACCAUCGGCCGGACCAAGCAGCUGGCGGAUGCUCUGAAGGCCAACAGAUCCCUCCAGACGCUCUUUCUCCACGGGAGUCCACUUUUAGAUGCAGGACUGGUCAACCUGAAUGGAGCCCUGUCCACUCACCCCUCGCUGGUGUCCUUGGAUUUAGGGGACUGCAUGCUGGGAGAUGAGGCAGUGCGUCUCAUCUGUGGCAUGCUUCCUCCAGAUGGAGCCAAAUCGGGGCUUAAAGAGCUUACGCUGAGUGCUAACCCAGCCGUCAGCACACAGGGCUGGGCUCGACUUGCCAUCGCCGUGGCUCAUAGCUCACAGUUACGAGUCCUCAACCUCGACUACAACCCCUUAGGGGAUCACAUCGCUGGGAUGCUGGCUGUCGCUGUUGCAUCCAGUCGAACUCUUGAAGUCCUGGACCUGGAGGGAACCGGCCUCACCAAUCAGUCAGCACAGGUCUUCCUAGACAUGGUGGAGAACUACCCCACCAGCCUGCGUGUGCUGGUCCUGGCCGAGAACGACAUCAGUCCUGAGCUGCAGCAGCAGAUCUCCGAUCUCCUCUCUGAAGGUGAGGAGGAGGAGGAUAAGGACGGAGAGGCGCGCGGACGCUCGGGGCCCCCCAGGGAGAAACCGGCCUGGGUUCCCCACAGCAUAACUGCUUCUAAGAGGCUGGGGCAAAAGGGAAGUACAGAAACUGACAUUACUCGUGCAUUAUUUAGGAGAGAUCAUUUCUACUUAUGAAAUAGAAAUAUGAAUUUCUUAUAAGGGCCAAGUUGUGAGUUCUGUGUCCUGUAUAUGCUGAAGUCAUUAGACUUAGAGGUUAUUAUUAGCGAGGUUCAAUCUGAAAGGAAUAGUUCGGCUCAAAAUGAUCAUUCUCACGUCGCUCCAAACCGACCUGACUUGAUUUUUCGGUUUUUGACUUGAGUUUUAGGAAGCAAAUCCUGACCAUAUCUUUUCCAUAUGAUGAAAGUGAAAGGGGACUUGUUGGAGGUAAUAAAAAAAUCACCUUAAAAGUUUAGUUUCACUAAAACCAAUGACAUCAAUAGUCUCAAUGGCCCAUUUUUACAGAAAGACUGUUAUACUCACUGAUUUUCUGAAAAAUAGCCUACAUUUUUUAAACACGUUAAUGAUUUUUGGUACAUUCUACAGAAGUCGAAUGGAUUACUUUUUCUUUAAUUAAUUUUUUUUGUCAUUUUGGAGCCUGAGAGACCCAGUCCCCUCUCAUUUCCAUUACUGUACCUCCCCUGUUCAAAGGUUUGGGGUUAAUAAAACGCAAACAGUAGACUUUAAGAUUGUCAAAUACAUUCAGUUCUAACUGAACAUUUAUUCAUCAAGGAAUCAUGAAAAAAGGCUUGCACAAAAACUAUUAAGCAGCACAACUGUUCUUAACAUUGAAAAUAAUGAGCAGCAAAUCAGCAUAUUAAAAUGAUUUCUGAAAAUGCUGAAAAUUCAGCUUUGAUGACGGGAAUUAAGUAUAUAGUAAAAUAUAUUAAAAUAACAAACUGUUAUUUUAAAUUAUAAUGGCAUUCCACAAUAUAAAGUAAAAGCAGCCUUGGUGAGCAGUAAAGUGUACAUGAAGAAGAGCGGCCAGGAUAUUCCCCAAAAAUACACGGGGUAAAAGAAAGUCUGAGCCGGUUUGAGGGUGAAUAAAAGAUGAGAGAAUGAGAACUAUCCCUAGACAGAAGAAUCUGUAGUCGUUCAGAACCGGAGAAGCCGAAUUCCUGUCCUCUUCACACAUUGUCUCUGACCCUUCCAGACUCUUCCAGCUCCCAGAUGGUCCUGAUGACAUCAGGACUGGGUGAGAGCUUUUUGGCAGAGACAGAGAUGUGAUACUGGAGCUGCCCGUGUUGUGUGCUUGCGCUGUAGGACUGCUGCGAGACCACCAGCUAGUGCGCAACCCCUCACGCCGCAUGACCUGUAGCACUUAGCCCAAGACAGUUCAAACCUUAAACACCAAGUGACUUAUAAUACGCAAUAGUGAACUAUUUAUUUUACAGAUGUACAGUCUAUUUAUAAAUCUACUGUAUUUAACCAAUAACAGUAUACUCUGUUAGACGAGCUGUAAAGGGUUAAUGGUAUGGCCUGAUGCCUGAAUAAAUCAGUUUACAACUUUUUAAA